AUGCUACAAGCAUAAUUCAGAGGUAUUAUGAGAUAAUAUCUCCGCCCACAGCGCCCGCCCGCCAGGAAAGAAUAAUACCGGUAAAGUCACUCUGCAACAUCACUGUCCUGGGACGAAGACUGGAAUAUCUGCAUGUAGCUAGUGAGGACAGCGGGAGGAUUUUUCAACUUUGAACAGCAAAAGACACCUGCAGCUGCUAAAGAUUGCUUCACUAUAGCUAUAUGACAUAUAUAUAUAUAUAUGUAUAUAUUAAAUCAUGUAAUGUGUAGGUUUUCUUACUCAUUGUUGCUUAAAUCUAAAACUAAGAUAUUUUAAUAGGAUGGUUUUGUGCUUUUGUGGCUAAGGCACAAAACAAUGGCUUUGAUUGACCUGUGGGGAGAUUUCUUCAGGACUGAAAGCCAGAAUGUGUUUCCAUAAAUCAAACGAUCAAUCUUCCUCACUGGGACCUCUUGGCUUCUACUUGUGGAUGUUUUAAAAUAGCUUCUGAAAAACCUUCCGCACACUGUUGGCACCAUGCCUUACCACGAUGAGGAGUACCCAGGUCAGCCUCUGUGGCAGUCUGUGCUGCUCUUUUGCUGUAAGGGUAUGAUUGAGGGCAUCAUGGUCAUACUCUUCUUCUGGCUUCUGGUGCAGGUCCUUUUCACCAAACAAUUAGAAGUUCACCUCCAAAUUCUUCUGUUGGUGGGACUCAUAGUCUUCUGUCUGUGUUUGGUCCUGGGAUGUAUUAUGUGCUGGAGGAACAGUCAGAUUUGUACCGUGAAAGACAAAGAUCCUGUAACGUCAGCACCAGCUCCUGCUGAACCUGUGAACUUUGCCCAGAGCCCGCCUCCCUCAGCAGCGACGUCAGCAUCCAGGCAGCAAUACCAUGAGCUAGAUGGAGAAAUAGUGGAGUACCCCUCCACUUUCACCAGUCCUGCACCUUCGGAGAGAGAAUUUACCUCUCUGUCAUUCUCUCAAAGAGCUAGAGCUGCCUCUGAACAGAAGGAGCAGCCAAAGUCUUAUUUUUCCCUCCGCCGCCUCAGCACACCACCACUAACAUCACCCCUUUAUAAACCCAUUGAUCCCAGUCAUGUUUCCCUGCCUACAUUUCCCAAAUUGGGAAUGUUGUCAAAAAAAUGCAAGGCUCUGCAGAGGCGCUGUAUGUUGACUGGAGAUAAAAAAUCUUAUAAUGAACACAGCAGGCUCACCAGCCCCAGUGCUGUCUCUCCUUCAAUGCCUGAAGAACCAAUCCUGCUGGCUCCACUGAGCUAUGGCUCCAGUGCCAGCUGCCAACAGCCAAUACCACAGAAACCCUGCCUCCAUUUCACUAUGGCCUUCUCUCCAGAGCAGCAAACCCUGGCAGUCACUGUCCUCAGUCUCACUGGGACGCCCCACAAACUGGAGAAUGUGUCGGUGCUGGGCAGCCUGCCGCCUCUGUACCCUUGUCCCAUACAGGCCUCUGCCCAGAGCAGCCUCAGCCCUGAGACCCACAGCCUGGUGCUGGUUUUGAGGGUGAGCUCUGUGAAGGAGCUCCAAAAGUGUGUACUGAGAAUAGCCGUAUCCACACACAAAACUCCCAGCAUGAGAGGCAACACACUGGGUGAACUGGAGGCUGAAUGUGGAGGAAAAGACUGGGGAGCAGAGCACCCGUUUUACGUCACAAAAGAGCUUAACCCAAACAAGUGGAACCUAAAAAAGGGUCUGAUCUCACAGAAUGCACCGAUGUGUCCUCCACAGAUCUUCGUUUUGCUUCAGUAUCAGACUCUGGCCCACCGCAUCAAAGCCACAGUCCUCAGAACAGAUAACCUAGACAACCUUGUUAACACAUUGGGAGGAGCAGAAUACCAGGUGGUGAUCAAUUUGCAUCAUGAAGGAGUUGUGAUCAGCAGCAGAGAAACUGAAGGAGCGUCCUGUCCUUUGUGGAAUACUUCUUUCCUGUUUGACCUGCCUCCAGGAGACAUCAGUCAGCUGCCCCUCAUGCUAGAAUUCAUAAUCACGCAGGUCUUUUCAGAUGGUAAAGUUCUUGGUCGAGUCCUAAUUGGAGCAGAGGCUGCAGAUGUAGGACGUGCUCACUGGAGGGACAUGUGCAGCCUGCAGGUGGAGCAGGCACGCUGGCACACUGUACAACCAGACCUAUAAAGCGUUGACACGUGUGCUGAAAUAACUAUUUUGUGACCAGAGGACCUGAUGCACUGUAUGAACUCAGUGAGCAUCCAAGUUAAGCUAUUAUAGGUCAACUUUACGACAAAAGCGCACACAGCUAAUGUUUCACUUUGUAUAUCAAAUUAUGUGUUUCCUGAGAGUUCAAAUGGGUGUACAUUGGCACUCACCAAAAAAAUCGUUUGAUGGCCUUAUUUCAAUGUCUCAACCUGUGAAUUCACAUAUGGCAAGGGAAUGUAUGUGCACAAAAUAACCUUUGUAAAAGUUCAGAAUGUGAAGGCUUAUAAUAAAACAAUGUAUUUGUGUAACACAACCUAAAACAGACUUUCUAAAUGAAUCUUUCACAAUUUCUGAAAACGUAUCUCUAGUAAACAAAGGGAAAACAUUAAGGUAAAUGAAUGGACCUUCAUCAAGAAAUACUGAAGAGUUACUACAGUAUUCAGUCCUUGUAAGUAAGAAAUGUAAUACACACAAAUGUACUUUGUAUUCUCAUAUGUGCAUCUACAUAAUGCCACUGUUCUUUUGAUAUACGUUUGAAAUAUGUUGUUGGCUAUUGGAUUUUUUUAAUGUCAAAAUGAUGUAAAGAACCAUAUCGUAUCAUAUAAAUAAAACACACUUUUGCCUGAGGUA